AUGAGAAUUCAAUCGAUCAUUUUCCUCACAAUCAUAGCAAUCUUUGGAUACAUUUCGUGUGAGGAUGAGGAAACGUUGACAUUGUAUGAUCAUCCAGGGAUUCCUUCCUCAGAAUUCACGAAAAAGGAAGCAGAAUACGCACAAUUUAAGGCAAAGAAAAACUCCAAGAAGGAGAAAAAUCGUACUGGAAGAUCGGAGGAAGCGUUUAACGAGGACGAGUUUGAGGACUGUGAUGAAGAUGAGCUGGAAGCAGAUGGAAAAGAAUCAGAAUACAACGAAGAAGAAGAAGAGGAAGAGCAAGAUGAUGGCGUUGAUGAUUGGGAUGGCGGAGAAGACAUUUAUAUAAGCAAGGAUAAGGUUCGGACUAAGGAACUUUAA